CCUCAAAAGCCGCAUCGUCUGCGAAAGAGCACUGUGACUGCUCUGUUUUUUCUUUCUCUGUUUUUGUUGUGGUUAAUUUGGAAGCUCUGGAGAUAAGAGGGUAGAGCUAAAAUGACUUCUUCGCUUAGUAGAGACCUCGUCUUCUUGAUCUUGCAGUUCCUCGAAGAGGAGAAGUUCAAAGACACUGUUCACAAGCUUGAGCAAGAAUCGGGUCUGUUCUUUAGUGUCAAGUACUUUGAAGACUUGGUGCUCAAUGGAAAAUGGGAUGAAGUUGAGAAUUACCUCUCUGGGUUCACUAGAGUUGAUGAUAACAGGUAUUCGAUGAAGAUCUAUUUUGAAAUUCGGAAGCAAAAAUACCUAGAAGCAUUGGACAGGAAAGAACGAGGCACGGCUGUAGAUAUUCUUGUUAAGGAUCUGAAAGUUUUUGCUUCUUUUAAUGAAGACUUAUUCAAGGAGAUCACUCAUCUCCUUACAUUAGAAAAUUUUCGGGAAAAUGAUCAACUCUCUGGCUAUAGAGAUACAAAGACUGCAAGAACAAUUAUGUUGGUUGAGCUCAAGAAGCUUAUUGAGGCAAAUCCCCUUUUCCGCGACAAAUUGGGGUUUCCUAACAUAAAAGGUUCAAGGUUGCGGAUGCUCAUCAAUCAAAGCUUGAACUGGCAGCAUUCACUUUGCGCAAAUCCUAGGCCAAAUCCUGAUAUAAGAACCCUUUUUGUGGAUCACAAUUGUAGAAACUUCAAUGAUCCGUAUGUGCAGCUAACUGCGAGCAAUCAGCUAAUAAGUCCUGCAGCGAAGUCAGAAAGUUUUCUUCCAAUGGGCACACAUGGGCCAUCAGCAGCAGUCCAAAUUCCCUUGACUGCAUGGAUGUCUAGUUCCUCAACCAUAACUCAUCCUGUGGUUUCUGGAGGUGGAGCCAGUUUUGGUACUCCACUGCAUCCAGCUGCAAUGACAAAGAGUCUUGGGGAUUUUGAUAUUAUGUCUAAGACAAGGAUCUCAGGGGUUCCAGAUAGGAUAAUGUUGCCAGGAAAAAAUCCUGGUCAAAUUCACAGUUCAGCAACUGAUGAAUUACCGAAGACUGUUGCACGAACUUUAACUCAGGGGUCAGUUCCAACAAGCAUGGACUUCCAUCCAAUUCAACAGACUAUCCUUCUUGUUGGGACCCAUGUGGGGGAUAUUAGUUUGUGGGAGGUUAGUUCUGCAGAGAAGGUGGUUUCAAGAAACUUUCAGGUAUGGAAUAUUGGAGCAAGUUCAAUGUCAUUAAAGGCAGCAUUAAUCAAAGAUCCAUGUGUCUCCGUAAAACGUUUAUUGUGGAGCCCUGACGGGGCUUUAUUUGGAGUUGCAUAUUCUAAACAUAUAGUGCAGUUAUACACUUAUUAUGGUUCACAUGAAAUUCGGCAACAUCUGGAGAUUGAUGCUCAUGUUGGGAGUGUAAAUGAUCUAGCAUUCAUCAACCACUCUAAGCAAAUUUCUGUUAUUACUUGUGGUGAUGACAGGACCAUCAAGGUAUGGGAUGUGGCUACUGGCACAAAAUUGUACACAUUUGAAGGUCAUAUGGAUGCCGUACAUUCAGUUUGCCCUCAUUCCAAGGAUAAUGUUCAUUUUGUCUUUUCAACAUCCGUGGAUGGGAAGAUAAAAGCUUGGUUGUAUGACAUGAUGGGACCAAGGGUUGAUUAUGAUGCACCUGCUCACUCUUGUGCAACUAUGGCAUAUAGUGCUGAUGGAAAAAGGCUUUUCUCAUGUGGAACCAAUAAAGAAGGGGAGUCACACAUUGUUGAAUGGAAUGAAAAUGAAGGUUCUGUGAGAAGAAUGUACAGAGGGUUUCAUAAGCGUUCUUUGGGUGUUGUACAAUUUGAUACUACCAAGAACAGGUUUCUGGCUGCUGGUGAUGACUAUUCAAUCAAAUUUUGGGAUAUGGAUAACACUAAUCUUUUGACAACCAUUGAUGCUGAGGGAGGCUUACCAGCAAGUCCACGUAUCCGCUUCAACAAGGAGGGUACGUUAUUGGCUGUUUCUGCAAAUGAGAACAGAAUUAAAAUCUUAGCAACAAUGGAUGGUAUCAUGUUGAUGCGCACUUAUGAAAGCCAUUCUCUGAUUGCGUCAAGAAUAGCACCUGAGACUGUUACCAAGAAUGGUGAUUUUAGAAACCUGGAGGAUGUUAAACCUAGAUUAACUGAAGAAGUCAACCCAGUGAAAAAUUGGAAGCUCACGGAGAUUAGUGAACCUUCUCAGUUGCGCACAUUGAGGCUCCCAGCUCGUGUUAAAACAGAUAAGAUCUCAAGGUUGAUCUACACUAAUUCUGGUAAUGGCAUUUUGGCAUUGGCAUUAAAUGCCAUUCACCUAUACUGGAAGUGGCCACGAAGUGAGGUUAAUUUAAGUGGGAAGGCAACUAGCAAGGUUGCCCCUCAACUAAUACAACCAGCAUCAGGCAUAUUAAUGACCAAUGAUUUAACGGGUGCUAAGCCUGAAGAUGCUGUGCCCUGCUUUGCUUUGUCCAAGAAUGAUUCCUAUGUCAUGUCAGCAUCUGGAGGAAAAAUUUCCUUGUUCAACAUGAUGACAUUUAAGACUAUGACAACUUUCAUGGAUCCACCACCUGCAUCAACAUAUCUUGCUUUCCACCCUCAAGAUAACAAUAUAAUUGCUGUUGGCAUGGAUGAUUCCACUAUACACAUAUAUAACGUUCGCAUAGAUGAGGCCAAGAACAAGCUUAAAGGUCACUCUAAGAGAAUCACUGGCCUUGCCUUCUCCCAUGUGCUGAAUAUACUUGUUUCUUCAGGAGCCGAUGCUCAAAUCAUCAUAUGGAGUUGUGAUAGGUGGGAGAGGCAGAAAAGCACCUCAUUGCAUAUUCCAUCUGGAAGGACUCCAGCAGCAAUGUCAGAUACCCAAGUUCAAUUUCAUCAUGAUCAGAUACACUUCCUCGCUGUAAAUGAGACCCAGCUUGCCAUAUAUGAUUCAAUGAAACUGGAGCGGGAAAAGCAGUGGGUCGUAGGAGAAUCCUCAGCGCCAAUCUCCCAUGCAACAUUCUCAUGUGAUAGCCAGUUGGUGUACAGCAGUUUUGUGGAUGGCGCCGUGCGGAUAUUUAAUGCAUCAAAUCUUCAAUUACGAUGUCGAAUUGGAUCUUCAGCUUAUCUUCCAUUAGAUGUCGGUUCCGUAGCACUAUACCCGCUUGUGAUUGCAGCACAUCCACAAGAACCCAACCAAUUUGCCAUAGGACUAACUGAUGGCGGUGUUCAUGUCUUCGAGCCGCUAGAAUCUGAGAAUAAAUGGGGUCCUCCUCACUCACCUCUUGAGAAUGGCUCAGCAAGCAACGCUCGCCCUGUAUCUCCCAUAGCAGUUUCAGAUCAACACCGAGGCUGAUCAUGUGCUGAAUAAUCCAAUGUGUACAUAUAAACGUGCUUUAUUUAAGUCAGUUUUAGUAGUUGACUA